AUGCUAAGACAGGUAGUUGAUCAGCGGCUUCGGUGCAGGACGGUAUACCAUGACGGUCACUGAUCGAAAGUCGCGAAUCGUUAUAGUAGGGGGUGGUUUGGUCGGUUCUCUGGCAGCUUGUUUUUUUGCGAAAAGGGGUCAUUCCGUGUCUAUUUACGAAUAUCGUCCAGAUAUCAGAACAGAGGAUUGUUGGGGUCAGAGCAUUGAUUUGGCUCUGUCAGUUAGAGGGCGGGAAGCUUUAAGGGCAGUUGGCCUUGAGGAGGUUGUGGUCGAUCAUCAUGGUAUUGCUAUGCGUGGUAGAAUGAUACACAAUAAGAAUGGAUCGCUCAAAGAAAUACUUUACGAUGGUGUGAAUCAAAACUGCAUUUAUUCAGUUACCAGACGAUAUCUAAACAUUGUUCUACUAAAUGCUGCCGAGAAAUAUUCCGAAGUAAGUCUCCAUUUCAACAAAAAAGUCGUGGAUGCGGAUUUAGACGAUGGAAAGCUGACGAUAUUGGACACGAGAACUCGAAAGAUAGAGAAAGCGGAAGCUGAUUUGAUAAUAGGAGCCGAUGGUGCUUACUCGAUCAUCAGAAGAACAAUGGCGAAGAAACCGCGGUUCAACUGUAGUCAAACUUAUAUUGAACAUGGUUAUCUUGAAUUAUUCGUCCCUUCUGGAAAAAAUAAUGAGUUUAUGAUGAGUAACAAGCAUCUUCAUAUUUGGCCACGAGGAGAAUUCAUGAUGAUAGCUUUGCCCAACGACAACUGUACUUUUACUGUUAAUUUAUUCGCCCCUUUCUUAACUUUGGACAAGCUAAAAACACCUCAGGAUCUUUUGAGUUUCUGUGAAGAAUAUUUUCCUGAUCUAGUGGAAUUAAUUGGAAGGCAGAAGUUGGUUAAAGAUUAUUUCGAAAGGGAACCAAAACCUCUGAUUUCUAUCAAGUGCAAACCUUAUCAUGUUGGAAAAACCACUCUUCUUCUUGGGGAUGCUGCUCACGCUAUGGUGCCUUUCUAUGCCCAAGGAAUGAACACGGGUUUCGAGGAUGUUUUACUUCUGGACGAGUUAAUGGAACGUUAUAACUCGGAUUUCAGCAAAAUUCUUCCAAAAUUCUCGGAAUUAAGAUGCGAAGAUGCACAUGCCAUUUGUGACCUUGCUAUGUACAAUUACGUCGAGAUGAGAGAUUUGGUGAGGAAGAAAUCUUUCCUCUUUCGAAAAUAUAUAGACACGUUUCUUUAUAAACGAAUUCCAAAAACGUGGAUACCUCUCUACAGUACAAUACACUUCUCGAGAAUGAGGUUUCGCGAUUGCAUCGCGAACAAGCAGUGGCAGGAUAAGGUGGGUCGAAACAUUAUGAAGAAAAUCAACAAUCGAAUAAGAAUUAUUCAAAAUGUACUCGAACAAUUAUUUUUUUACAGGUAUUACGCAGAACCGCUUGGUGCACGAUAUUCUUAAUCAUAGCUAUAUUAAUGGCGUCUUUCAUCGAAGUAUCCGCAAAGAAAAGUAUUUUGUAUUAAAUUUUAAUAUAGAUUAUUAUUAUACAAAGUGCACAACCAACGUAAAUAUGUUAAAUGUGCGUAUAUCGAUUUUACAAUAAAACUAAUUGUUGACUAAUUUUAUAAUUUUUUUCCCUCAAGAAAAAUUCCCUAGAAAUUAACUAAAAUAGCUAGAAAUUUACAAUUUUCGCUAUGAUUGAAGAUCGAUUAAUUGUUUGCACAAUUUGAGCAAAUCUCGUUUAAGGCCUUCACCUUUCUCUUAUUCUUCUCGAACAUCGGCCAAGGUAUAUAAAUAUUCUUUCAAUAUAAUUACUCUUCUAUCUUAACUCUAUUGGUUCUUUUCUAUGGAAAAUUCUUAAGCUAAUCAAUCUAAUUGACUAAAAACCUGUCGCCCAAUUAAGUAUAUCCUUCUAUGUCUACUCGGCACUUGUAUAUCUAAAAUCACGCA